UAAUCACAGUCAGACCGCGUUUCUGACGACUCGCAUCUUCGACAAUUUUACGUAUUCCGGAGACAAACAAUAGUAAAAAAAUCAUAAUAACAAACAAGUGAAUUGAGAAUUCGAGUGCAUAGAGCGCGCGUCCACGUGAAAUACGGACCAUUACGAGAGUGUUUAGCAUUUUUACUCAUUUGAUAAGGGUGUGGGCCCCAUACGACGCUAGGAAACACUGGUCAGAGUGUUCGACGUCGGAUUUCUCGGAGGACGAGAGAGACUCAAAUGUUCUAGAUAAGGGUGUUGGACAAAAGAGAAGAACCAUGGACGGAGAUGCAUCAGAUUGCAGCAGACGUCCCCCGACUAGGGUCUUCAAAAAAUCGAGUCCGAAUGGAAAAAUGACGGUUUACCUGGGGAAGAGGGACUUUGUGGACCACAUCACACAUGUAGAUCCAAUCGACGGCGUAGUUUUGAUCGAUCCAGAAUACGUGAAGGAUCGAAAAGUAUUUGGGCACGUCCUGGCGGCCUUCAGGUACGGCCGAGAAGACCUCGAUGUGCUCGGUCUGACAUUCAGAAAGGACCUCUACCUAGCGGCUGAACAAAUCUACCCAGUCCCCAGUAGUCAACCCCACAGACAACUCACGAGAUUACAAGAGAGACUGUUAAAAAAAUUAGGGGAAAAUGCUUAUCCAUUUUAUUUUGAAUUGCCACCACAUUGUCCUGCCUCGGUGACACUCCAGCCAGCCCCCGGUGACACGGGAAAACCGUGCGGGGUGGAUUAUGAACUGAAGACAUUUGUCGGAGGGACGCAGGAUGAUAGGCCACACAAAAGAAAAACACAAAGCCGGGACUCGAAUUCGGUGAGAUUAGCAAUUCGUAAAAUAAUGUACGCACCGUCCAGACAAGGUGAGCAGCCAUCGGUGGAAGUCAGUAAAGAGUUCAUGAUGUCACCCAAUAGAUUACACCUGGAAGCAUCGCUCGACAAAGAACUGUAUCAUCACGGUGAGAAUAUCGCUGUCAACGUACACAUCGCUAAUAACAGUAAUAGAACAGUGAAGAAGAUCAAGGUGUCGGUGAGACAAUUCGCUGAUAUCUGUUUGUUCUCUACUGCACAGUACAAGUGCAUUGUCGCCGAGGCGGAGAGCGAUAUAGGGGUAGCGCCAGGAUUCACCUUGAGCAGGGUAUUUUCCCUAACGCCAACCCUUGCCGACAACAAGGACAAGCGUGGCCUCGCCCUAGAUGGGCAGCUAAAACAUGAGGACACCAAUCUAGCAUCUAGUACCAUGGAGGGUACCACAGUCGGUCCUGGUUUCACGCUGAGCAGAGUUUUUACGCUGACGCCGCUGCUGGCCAACAACACCGAUAAAUGGGCCCUUGCCCUUGACGGCCAGCUCAAACACGAGGACACCAAUUUGGCGUCCAGCACCCUCGUUGCGGAUCCGUCACAGAGGGAGAACCUCGGUAUCAUCGUUCAGUACAAAGUCAAAGUGAAACUUUGCCUGGGUCCACUGGGAGGUGAUCUAGUUGCGGAACUACCGUUCAUCCUUAUGCACCCGAAGCCGGAGGAGGAGGAACAGCCAUCACGACCGGCCCCAACGCAAAGGAUCGAGAAUGGCGAUGUUCAUGUGAAUAACGAGGGGAAUUUAAUUCAGUUAGAUGCUGACGACAAUGAAGACGACAUAAUCUUCGAGGAUUUCGCCCGCUUGAGACUCAGAGGAGAAGAGCCCGAUUCGUCCCCCUAGGGCAGGCUGAAACAUCAAACGUCCAAAUAACGAAAUGCCGCAUGAUUCGUAAAAACCGUGCUCUCUCCAGUCCCCAAAGGAGAACAACAAAUUGAACAAAAUUAAAACGAAUAAAUCACAAGAACGACGAGGACGAUGUCUUCGAAUCCUGUAAAUUAAUUCCCACAUCUGCUUUAUCCCUAAAUGUGCUGAUGGUAUUGAAAAAAUCAAUAGGGGAAAAGAAAAACUGAGCCACGAGAACAUUCUUUAUCUUUAUUCUUUCUUAUUUAUGCGAUCGAUGACCGAUUACGCUUAUUAAUUUACUGCUAUGAAGUUUUGCUAUCGUUUUUCAAUGAAUAUCACUGCACUUGUACGUGCAGGCACGAGUAAGGAUAUUUUGCUACGUGAGAUAAUGAAAACAAUUUUCUAACAAAACAGCACAAUUUCAUUUACCACUUGUGGCACAAAUUUUUUCAAUGUAAAAAACACGAAUUUUUCAACUCAACUGCAGAAACGCUUUGAAUGUCGUUUUUUAUAUUAUCGUUAUUUGUACAAAUUUCGGAGGUUUGAUUGCAGUUGAACCUCUCAUUUCUUAUGGAGAAGGGAGGGGAUGUACUGCACUGAUUCCUUUGGUUUAUUUGAAAUUUUCUACCUCGAAGGAGUUUGUAGAGUUUUUUUUUCUAAUACAAGAUUAAUUGAUUAAACGAUAUGUAUGAAAGAAUUGAAUAGAAGAACCUAGGGAAUUCGCUAGACAGUUCUAUUGGAUUUCUAUUGGACUUUCUGUUAACAUUUUCCAAGUUAUUUUAAUUCUUUUUUUUUCUCGUCAUCGAGAAAAUGAUACAAAAACAAUUGUAAAAUUUGAGGCGAGGAAAUUCGAUAGAAAAUAUCUCAAUAGAAUGACUUGUAUAAAAAAUAGAAUUCUGUAGACUUUCUAUAGAUUUUCUAUUGGAGAUUUCAAUAGAAUCGUCCAAAAGCUAAUAGAAAGUUCAAUAGAAAUCCAAUACAAUUGUCUAGCAAAUUCGCUAGGUUUUUUCAUUAAACUUUUUCGUGCGUGGGAAUCUUUCAAUUGGAAUUGAUGGUGAUUAUUAGAAAUUGAUUGAAGCAUUUGAACAGUGAAUUGCAACAGAUAUCAUCGAGGUAUUUAUUUCCGUUCCUCCUUCGGCAGUCUUUACGGAAUAUUAUGCUUUACACCGAAGAAUUUACACUGUAUGUGCAUUUCAGAUACUCGAGAAUGAAACUGAUUAUCAAUUUAGGGAAUUUGAUUGAUGAAUUUGAGGGAAGCACGAGGUGGAAUGCUGGGGUCGAGGGGGUUAGUGACGCUAGGAUAUCGAGUAGUCACGUGUUGUUAUUAAUUGAGUACAAAGGGUAUUCAAUACUUGGGGAUGAACUCAGUGGUGGAGAGGUGAAAUGAGAUUUUUUCGCGAGAUUUAAGUCCUUGAAGCGCUAAAACGAUUCAUGUCAAUUUUGACUUUUCGUCAGUUUUUAAUGAAUAUCUCGGAAUCUAAGGCAGCUAGCAAAAUUUUCGUUACG